CUGUCUCUUCUGCUGUCCCAAGUCUCACGACUGCGUUUGCAACCUUCGGAGAUGUGGCGAAUGGCUCUCUCCGCCAAAACCAGCAUACGGUUAUUGCAUACGACUGCCUUAGUUAGAUACCUAUCAUACACAAAAAAUAUGUAGCUCUGUAUGGCUUUUCAUUUCACGAACUCUCAGACUAAUGUUCUCCAGGCUAUACGUGUUGGCCUGAGAAUCCCAAUGAUGAUAAAGUAGGGGUAGGAACUGGGUUGUCGUAUUGCUGGCCAUCUGAAGAAGGCUUCUUUAUAGAAUUUCGAUUGGACUUGGACGCCCUCUCCUCCGGUCCUGAUCAUAGCACCAGGCUUGGUGCCCACUCAUGAGGGCUGAGUCUCAGCGUUGGCAUCAGAGGCCAAGGAGCUUUUAAAGGUACGGGUGGACGACCAAUCAGCCCCCCAUCUUCCUCAUCCUCUUCAUCAUCUCCCUGACCGUCAGCAUCUCUCCUGCCGUCAGGUGUGUGUGAAUCUGCCUUGAACCUGCCGUCAAGAUGGCCUCCUACCUGGUGCCCUUCGACAGUCUGAUUUGUAUGCUGCUGGGCAUCUCCUUCACCGUCUGGGUCACACUCCUCCUCGUCUUCAUCAUCGUGCCCGCCAUCUUUGGGGUGUCCUUUGGCAUACGACGCCUCUACAUGAAGGCCCUGGUCAAGCUGUUUGAAUGGGCCACUCUGCGUAUGGAGAGGAGAGCCAGAGAGAAGAACCAGGAACUCUACAAACCCUACAGCAAUGGCAUCAUAGCGAAGGAGGCGGUCAGUCUGGAGCAGGAGAUUCAGGAGCUGCGGAGCGGCAGCAGCGGGGUCAACAUCAGCGGCGGUGGCCAUGGCAACGGCAGCAGCUCCAGCGGUGGUCCGGCGGCGUCCUCCUCCUCCUCGUCGUCCUCCUCCUCGGCGGAGUUUGAGCUGGCCGACAUCUUCUCGUUCUGCCGGCGCGGCGUGGAGAGCAUCGUGGACGACGAGGUGACCAAGCGCUUCACGGCCGAGGAGCUGGAGAGCUGGAACCUGCUGACCCGCAGCAACUACAACUUCCAGCACAUCAGCACGCGCCUCACCGUGCUGUGGGGGCUCGGCGUCGUCAUCAGAUACGGAUUCCUGCUCCCGCUCAGAGUGACUCUGGCCUUCACAGGAGUGGGUCUGCUUGUGGUUCUCACCACCAUCGUGGGUCUCCUUCCCAACAGCCGCAUGAAGAGCUACCUCAGUGAGAAGGUUCACCUGAUGUGUUAUCGGAUCUGUGUGAGGGCUCUAACUGCCAUCAUCACUUACCACGACAGUGAGAACAAGCCGAAGAACGGAGGCAUCUGUGUGGCCAAUCACACCUCUCCCAUCGAUGUCAUCAUUUUGGCAAGCGACGGCUGCUAUGCAAUGGUUGGCCAGGUGCAUGGUGGCCUGAUCGGGAUCAUCCAGAGAUCCAUGGUCAAGGCUUGUCCUCAUGUGUGGUUUGAGCGCUCUGAAGUGAAAGACCGCCACCUGGUGGCCAAAAGGCUGAGUGACCACAUCGCUGACAAGACCAAGCUGCCCAUCCUAAUCUUCCCAGAGGGCACCUGCAUCAACAACACCUCUGUCAUGAUGUUCAAGAAGGGCAGCUUUGAGAUCAACUGUGUCGUCUACCCCGUGGCCAUCAAGUAUGAUCCUCGUUUCGGGGAUGCCUUCUGGAACAGCAGUAAGUUUGGGAUGGUCACCUACCUCCUGCACAUGAUGAGCAGCUGGGCUAUCGUCUGCAGCGUGUGGUACCUGCCCCCCAUGUGGAGAGAGGAGGGUGAAGACGCGGCUCAGUUUGCCAAUCGGGUCAAAGCGGCCAUUGCCAGGAAAGGAGGACUGGUGGACCUCCUCUGGGAUGGCGGUCUGAAGAGGCAGAAGGUGAAGGAAGCUUACCGGGAAGAGCAGCAGAAACUCUACAGUAAAGUGCUGGUGGGCGACCAGGAGGGCGGCGCUACGGAGGAGGAGCAGCAGUGCCAGUGUGACCUCAGCGAGCCUGAGGAGGAGCACCAGUGCCCAUACGAGCAGGACCGCUCGGCAGAGCACCAGGGGCAUUCGCCUGGCACCGUGGAGGAAAACGGGCACUAUUGCGAGCGCGUUGGCGUUGUUGAGGCUGAUGGGCGUCAUGGCGACCAGGCUGCCACUGAUGAGGUGGAUGGGCAUGAUGGUGACCAGGCUGGCACUGUUGAGAUCGAUGGGCGUCAUGGCGACCAGGCUGCCACUGAUGAGGUGGAUGGGCACGAUGGUGACCAGACUGGCACUGUUGAGAUCGAUGGGCGUCAUGGCGACCAGGCUGCCACUGAUGAGGUGGAUGGGCACCAUGGUGACCAGGCUGGCGCUGUUGAGGUGGAUGGGCGCCAUGGUGACCAGGCUGGCGCUGUUGAAGUUGAUGGGCAUUCUUAUGACCACUCUGGCACUAUGCAGGACCAUGGGCGCCUCUGCGAUCAGACUGGCAGUGUCGAUGACAACGAUGAUGGUAGUGGGCACUCUAGCCACCUGACUGGCGGUGUGCCGGACGAUGGGCACUUGCGUAAACGGACUGGCAUCCGGGAGGAUCCUGGGUGCUCCUGAGACCGAGCCAGCGGGCACUGCUGUCGAGGUUGCCACUGUGCCAAUGACUCUAAAUGCCAGCGGACUGGUGCCUGCACCCCCAGGAGUGGGGAAAAGAGGGGGCCCACAGCGAGCCUAGCCCAGAAUGGAGCCCCUGUGCUGGGCAUUGCUGUGUGGAAGUGCCCCCAACAAGAGACUGGAGCCUGCUGGAGCUCUGUCUCUCUGCUGUCUUAAGUUCUCACGGGUCUCCUGAUAGCAUUAGAAGGAGUUGUUUUUGAUUGUUUGUUUAGGUUUUUUUUUUUUUUUUUUUAAUUAUUAUUAUUAUUAUUAGGAUUUUGCACACUUUGCACGAUAAGCACAGGUAUUAGUUGAUUUUAUUGAAGUUGUUCCGUAACAUUUCAACUGAAGAAUUAGUUUUAUUUUUGUGAUAUUCUGACUACGUUUAAACUUUGUUCACAGGUGUUGAGGUCUACUGUUCUGCAUGUUCAGGAGCAGGGGGUGUGUGAUUGGGAAGAAGGGGUGUGCUCAGCACAAAGAGUGAAAGAAAGAAAGAAAGAAAGAAAGGGAGAUAUGAAAUAAUGAAUGAAGACUGAUAAAAAGAGGACAAAAAGAGAUGAUAAAAGAUUACUUGGCCAGUCAGAGUUGACCUUUGAAACACAGUAACUGCUCUAAUGUGCAGGGUGUUUGUUUUAUUUUUUAUUUAAUUGUUUUUUAAAUAAAAACACAUCGUGUGCUCUUUUUAAGUCUU